AUGAGCAAAGACCACACUAUUUCUGGUUCUGAAAAAGGACAACGUCUUGCAAGAGCCACGUAUCCAGCGUAUGACCGGAACAAACUUCCUACGUUACAUGAAGUCCUUAGUCGUAAAACGGCGCCCCCUGUAUGUCUUUACAACUAUUAUCUUUAUAUGAGAGAUAGAGAGCAGGCAUCAGAGUACUUGGAUUUCUAUCUUGAUGUAUUAGAACAUGAAAAUUUAUGUAAAGCAUUCGUAAAAGAUAUAAAAAAACUUGGAUUAGAUCUCAACCUCGAAUAUCCAGAGUAUGAAAGGUAUCGACCUGCUGGGGUAGCACCGGAAAAAGGUAAAUUGGGUAGAUAUAGCGUAGCAACGAGUAAUGAUGGAGGUGUUCAAAGACAGUUGAGCGCUUCAUCACGUGAGUCAAAUAUCACAAGUAGCUCUGGGGGUGUUUUUGACACCCCCUCACGCCCUGAAUCGCCAUAUUCAGGUCAACACAUAAUCGAUAUAGCUGCGAGUAAAGCGCCACGAUUUACAAGACAGAGAGAUUCAGUUCGAUCAAACAAGACCAAUACUACCACAGGUAAUCUUUCUUUUUAUGGACCGGAACGUCCAUUUACAAAAGAUGAUCUUCGAGAAUCGGCGGAACGUAUUUAUUACAAAUAUAUUUACCAGGGUUCCGAAAAAGAGAUUGAGUUAUCAGAUCAUAUUCGUGAAAAAAUAGCUCUUGCUAUGGAAGAAGAUAGUGGUAAAAGAGCUGAUCCAUGGAUUUUUUAUGAGGCAAAAAAAGAAGUUUUUUCAUUCAUGGAAGGAGAGCAUUUUCCUAGGUUCUUGAAAGCAAGAGCGUUUGGCAAUAUGAACAUCUUGCAAGCUAUGUUAAGAUUAGUUCUUGGAUUGUUCUUUUUAUUCAUCGGAUUUGCCACUGCAUUAAGUUUGAUUUUCUUGGAUGUUAAACCAAGAGCUGUUAGAAUAUGGUGCUUAAUUCCUAUUCUUAUGGGUGUAACCAACUUAUUCGCUAAUCAAAUGGAACUUAGUCCCCUAUUUGCUUUGUUGAAAAUAAGCGAAACAAAAUUUGGUAGAUUUCAGAAGGUGGCGGAACCAUACAUAUACAAAUUACAUAUAAAAAGAGGAAUAAGAGUAUUUUUACAAAGCCUAAUUGUUUCGGUUAUCGUUACUGCAAUUUUUGUUGCUGUUCCUGGCCAUAGAUUGGGCGCGUUGGCUGCUGUUGGCGCAAAUAAUUAUACGCAGAAUAAUCAUGAUCAAUGCGAUGCAUGUGGUUAUGGUGGUCGUUUAAUGUGCUGCGACUCUUGUCCAAAAGCUUUUCAUUUUACAUGUCUGGUACCUCCUCUUGAUGUUGAUAAUCCGCCAAAAGGAAAUUGGUAUUGUCGUGAAUGUAAGAGUGAUAAGAGUUCACCAUCGAUGCCAGCACAAGGGCCUUUCCAAGAGCUAAUAUACAAAGCCCGUUGCUCUAAUCCAAAGUCUUAUUUGUUGCCAGAGCAUGUUAGACACGCAUUUGAAGAUGUUGGUACGGGACCUCAUGGUGAAUAUGUAGAUACAAACAAAGUCAAGUUUGAACAAAAAGAUCGGAAUGGGUUCACACUUGAACCAGAUCAUCAUCGUAUGAUAGAUGACAAUGGAAAACUUAUACGUUGCUUUUCGUGCAAGCUUCCUCCAAGCAAAUCGAAACCAGUAAUGUCUUGUGAUUUUUGUGAUCUUCAUUGGCAUUUCGAUUGCUUGGAUCUUCCGUUAGUAAUUCCUGUACCGGCGAACAAAAAAUGGAUGUGUCCAUGCCAUGUAGAUCAUGCGUUGCCUCCAUUACGAAGAUUAUGUUCAGAUAAUAAUCUACCUUUCAACGACAAUACAGCCAUCGAGCACUCUCCACAAAAAAAAAUACAUAUCGAAUGCGAUCCUGAGUUCUACCUCAAUGAUACAUUACAUAAAUUACCUAAGCAGGGUGUCAAGCUUAAUUAUAUUGAACAGAUAAUUGACAGUUUAAAAGCAGAAAAAGAAAUUGAAAAAAAAGACCAUUCUGAAUACGUCAUUAACGAUUAUGUUAAGGAUGAUGAAGACAUUUAUUCUUAUUUACACAGUGUUGAAAGAUCAUUUUCAAAAAAAGAAGGAAAACAGAAAGUUUUAACGGAUGAUCUACAUGUUGAUGAAAGACCAGCUGACAGGGAUGUUCAACAAAUGGUCAUGGAAGGUUCUCCGACUUUUCAAGUUAUAAAUGAAAGUGGUGUGACAUUUGAUGAACCAAUAAGUCCUAAAAGAGCGCGUGAAGGUGAUGAAUUAAAGGAUUCAAUCUCUUUUCUUGUAUCUGUUAACACAAAUGAAGAAUCGAUAAAUCAACCUCGUGUAAAAAGAACACGUCAAGAUGAAGAAAUCAAAAUAGAAGAAUCUUCUUGCACCAAUGCAACUGAGGAUUCUGAGGUCAUUUCAACAAAAUUUAAACCAAAUAAUAUGUUGGACCAAUCACAUUGUACGACUCAUGCUGUCAAUAUGAGCAGCAAUUCAGAGAAACCGAAUUCUGAAUCAACUUUUUCCGAUGAAAUAUUCGAGAUUGAAGAAAGGUUAGAAAAAAAUGAAGAGGUUUAUAAAGAAAAUCCAUUACGUUUAUUGAUGGAAGUCGCAUUGGUUGAUAUG